AUGGACGACGCAACCCUCGCGCGCGUCCUAGCCCGAAACCCCAACAUCAACGUACCCCGACCACGAUACCGACGACCCGACUUUACCCAACCCUUCCAAUGGACCAAACCCAGCGCGCACGUUCCUCAGCAAGCGACUGCGUUUCGCAGAGGUAUACCAUACACGCUGAAGAGAAAAUGGCUCCGGGAUGAUCAAUUGAAAACACCAUGGUACGAACUACACCCCGAACUGCGGGCUUCUCCUGAUAAAUCUCCUCCUCCUCCUCCUACUGUUACUACUGCGGUUUCUCCUGGUGGCUCCAAGACUGCUACUGCGGGGGAGGAAAAGAAAGCGGAAGGGCACGAGCAAGGGCAGCAGACCAGAUCGCCCAAGCGACAGAAAAUCGAACCCAAAACACCCAAAGGCAAAGGUAAAGGCCAAGGAAUUCCUCCUCCCAUCAAACCACGAGUACCAGUACCAGGAGCUCCUCCCACACUCGUACCAAGUAUCCUCCCCAUAUCACCGCAAGCAGUCUUAGCACCUCGGGUCAGAAAUGCCGAGACGAGGAAAAUGAGCGAGACGUGGGCUGGGCCCGGGACCUAUGAGUAUAAAUGGAAAGACGAUCCUAACGUCGAUGAGAAUCGGUCGGUGCGGGAUGGGAUCCCGGCGAAUUGGAAGGAACUCCCCCAGGUUAGGGAGAUGCCCGUGCGGAAGAAGGAUGACAAUUGGGCGAAGAAUAAUUUCCAGUAUAUGGGUGAUCAGAAAUUCUAUUCUAUGACAAUCCCGGCGAGUGGGGAUUGUUUCUUCGGUGCUAUUUCGAUGGCGCUAUAUGGAACAACCCAGUAUUGGCAUUUUGUGAAAUAUUGCCACUUGUGGUUUUUCCGAUACGUGCUUUUGCAUCCUGCUCAUCCACGAUAUGAAUUUUAUUGGCAUUUGAAUGCUGUUGCAGGUGCCAAUAAUAAGAACAUGUGGCAUCAACCAAGCAUUCCACAUGCCUGGCAAUCAUCCGAGCUCUUCAAUGUAACCGCCGACAUCUACAAUCUUUUUAUAAUUCUUUACGAGCAACUCCCCAUGCCGACAGAUCCAACAAAGUCCACAAAGCAACAAGAUGAUCAGACUAUUGGUCUAUUCGGCCAAUACAACGCCACACAUGUAUUCUUCCAUCUCAUCAAUAGGAAUCAUUAUCAAACAUUAGUCCCAUCCCAUAAUCAUGAAGCACAGUUCCCAUUUCCAGACGGUAUGACUAUAGUGCCCCGCCCCGGAAGAACCAAACAAAGACCUCCAGGUGGACGAGGUAGAUCUAUACUCCCUCCACCGAUUGCGCAGCCGAUCAUUCCGGAACCCAAUGAUUUAGAUAUUACCAGGGUUCUUGGAAUCAACACUCAAGAUGGGGCUUUGGAUCUAGAUUUGAUAAAAAAAUGGAUCGAGGAAGAGUGGAGUGAGGCGGCAAGGAAGAACGACCAGACUUCCGUGAAGUGGUGGGUUAGAAAAGAAAAAGAAAGAGAAAAAGGAAAAGAAAACGAAAAAGAAACAGAAACAGAAAAAGGUAAGGAUGAUAAAAAUAAGGCGGGAUCAUCGAAAGUGGCUGCUAUGUCGACGUCUGGAAAGCCGACAAAUCAGCAACUGGCAAGUAAGUUAGGAAAUAUAUUGUCCUAG